AUGGCCGGCGGCUCGCCCCUCUGUGAGCUCCUCAUGGGGCUCCCUGGAGAUGAAGGCGAGCAGGAGCCGAUCUUGGACUUUGACCCCGACGAGGUGAUCGAGUUGACGUAUGGAUCUGGGCGUUAUCAACUUCGAGCGCUGCUCUUGGUUGGAGGCAUCUACAUGUUCAUCGUUCCUGGUGUUCAGAUCCAGGUCUUUGUUGGGCCGAAGAUGGUAGGAGAUGCGGCGAUCCCCGCCUUCACGGACGAGACCUUGAGCGCCAGCCAGACGCUGCUGUUUGUGGGCUGGGGUCUCGGCACCAUUUUUUUCGCCCCGGCCGCGGACAAGGUCGGGAGGAGGCCAGUGGUGUACAGCCUCACUGCUGGCCUCAUCUUGGCCUACGGCUGUUCUGUGCUGGCAGCGGAAGCCGGCUCCGUGCCCUUGUUCGCGGCGUCCAUGCUGGCCGCCGGGUCUUGCAUACCCUGCUCCCAGGUGGCCUAUGUUCUGCUACAGGAGGUGUUGCCUGGCGGGCUUCGGGUUCGAGCGACCGUCUUCAUGAACGUGGCCCAGAGUCUCGAGCUGGGGCUGAUAGCGCUGACUUGCGGAUACGUGACGAAGGGGAUGGACUGGAGGCUGGAGACGAUGAUUUUCUUUGCGCCCUUGGGCCUGCUGCUGUUUGGAGCCCCGCUCGUGGACGAGUCGCUGCACCUGCUGCUGAUGCGCGGGCGGCGCGCGAGUGCCGAGCGGCUCGCCGCCGCGAUCGCCCUCGCGAACGGAGUCUGUCCACCCCCGAACCUCCGGGCCGCCACGGGCAGACCGGCAGGGGACGCACCCCUGACAGCAGCCGGCGAUGCCCCGGCGGUGGACGACGGGCCCCUGAGGUCGCUGCUGCGGGCCCCGCUGCGCCGGCGGCUGCUCCUGUGCUGUGUCUGCUGGACGGCGCCCAGCCUGGGGUACUACGGGCUGUCCUUCUCGGCUGGGAGGCUAUCCCCUGACGUCUACCUGAACAUCCGGGGGCGUGCUCCUCUUCUCGCUGGCCGACGUGGCGGGCUACCUCCUGCCCGCGGCCCUGAUCCCGCUCGCCGGCCGGCGCAGGUUCCAGGUCGCCUGCUGCUCCGCGGCGGCCUGCUGCCUCCUCGCCGCGGGCCUCCUGCCCGCCCUGGCGGUGGCGGCCGCGGUGGCCGGGCGCCUCUUCAUCAACAUGGCCUUUUGUGCUCGUGCCGUCGUUUGCCCCUCGCCGUCACGGUGGAGGCCUUCCCCACGGGCUGCCGGACCACCGCGAUGGGAUUGUGCAACGGCGUCUGCCGGCUGCUCACCUUGUUCGCGCCCCUCGCCGCCAGGCUGCCCACCCCCGUGGCGUGCUGCAUCUUCAGCGCGCUGUGCGCCGCUGGCGCAGCCGCCACGUGCGCCCUGCCGGAGACACGGGACUGGCGGCUCUCGCAGGCGGCCGCUUGA